CUUGACGCUGUUGCGGUAAAGUUCAGUGUGGCAAGUCAUCACACAAGUGACACAGGGGCAGGAGAGACGCCCAACAAGUUCCAGACAUCCUUUCUGUCGCUUCAGAAAGUCGUUUCUUCGAACCACCCGGGCGACCGGAAGGCGGUGAGACAUGGCUGCUCUCUCAGCCUGGUUCUGGAACGAGAGGUUCUGGCUGCCGCACAACGUAACCUGGGCGGAUCUGGCGGACCCAGCUCCCGGGGUGGAGUAUCCCAAAGCUGGACACUUGUUUACUGCCUUGCCGCUGGCUUUGGGGAUUUUCGCCGUCAGGAUAGUCUUCGAAAGAUUUAUUGCCAGCGCCUGUGCCCGAAGUCUCCACAUUCAGCAAGGUUUCGGAAGAAGAGCCCAGCCCAACGCGGUGCUGGAGAAAGUGUUUACAUCCAUCACAAAGAAUCCAGACUCCCGCCAUCUGGAUGGCCUGUCCAAGCAGCUGGACUGGGAAGUGCGGAAAGUCCAGCGCUGGUUCAGACACCGCAGGAACCAAGAUAAGCCCAGCACGCACACCAAGUUCUGCGAGAGCAUGUGGAGAUUUACAUUUUAUUUGUUCAUAUUUACCUAUGGGUUCCGGUUUCUGUGGCAGUCCCCUUGGUUGUGGGAUACACGGCAGUGCUGGUACGGUUACCCCUAUCAGGUCAUGACCCCGGGUCUUUAUCACUACUACGUCACAGAGCUGGCCUUCUACUGGUCACUUAUGUUCUCCCAGUUCACCGACAUUAAAAGGAAGGACUUCCUGAUUAUGUUCAUCCAUCACCUGGCUACGGUCGGCCUCAUCAGCUUUUCUUACGUCAACAACAUGGCGCGAGUGGGGAGCCUGGUGCUGUGUGUCCACGAUGCCUCAGACUUCCUGCUGGAGGCAGCCAAGCUGGCCAACUACGCCAAGUACCAGCGCUUUUGUGACUUCCUCUUCAUUGUGUUUAGUGUGGUGUUCUUUAUCACACGGCUUGUUAUAUUUCCAGUAUGGAUCCUGAACUCCACUAUGUUUGAGAGCUGGUCCAUAGUCGGGCCAUUCCCAUCCUGGUGGCUCUUCAACUUCUUACUGCUGGUCCUCCAGGUGCUGCAUAUCUUCUGGGCCUACCUCAUAGCCCGUAUAGCUCUCAAAGCCAUGCUGCGAGGCAAGGUGUGCAACGACGUUCGCAGCGACAUCGAGAGCAGCUCGGAGGACGAUCCCGACACGCCCUCGGACGGCCUCCAGACCUCCCCUCACGGCCCCAAGGGAGAAAACGGCACCAACGGCCACUGUGCUGCCGCUAAAACCCGAGCACAGAACCACAGCAGCUGGUGACGCGGAGCCAGAAGCCGGUAGCCCUCCUGCAGUUCGUCCCCUCGCAGCGUCUGCAAGAGCUUUGUUUGCCUCACAACAUUCCUCCGACGUGCAAGGCUCUCGCACACUGUCACACACACUUACACUCACUCAUUACACAGACAGUGAGUGCGCACAGAUUCACAUGCUGGCGGACUGAUGACGGAUGUGCAGACGCCGACGCCGGCUGUGGACAUGUAGCUCCAAAGCUUUAAGAGCUCGAAUGGAAAUCAGUCGAUGCAGGUUGAUUUGCAUAGCCUUUUUUUUUUUCAAACGUGGGGAUUUAUUUUGUGCUGAGUUUGGCUGCAGAUGUUGGUCGGUGUCAAUGUUCUCUCCCAGUUUUAUUGGUCAGAUGAACUUGAUUUAUUUGUGUUUCUAAAGGUUAAUCCACACUGGAUCACACAGGACAGACAUGACAUAGCAACGCAUUCUACCUACUAGUAAUGGCGUUAUACUGUUUUGUUAUAGCUGCGGUUUUAUCAGCUUUUUAAAGCAGGACACCUGCUCUGUGAGUGGUGAGAAGUUCAGCAACGUCUCCACCCUUUGCUAUUCACUGUGGAUUUCCCUUUUAACCACUUUGUGACCUGUUUGUUUUACUGUUUUUUACUGCUUCUUCUGAGACCAAAUGUUUAUGAAAUUGUUGUUUGAUGUCACUGCCUAUAGAGGAAUCCAGGUAUGAGGAACAUAUGAAAAGUCUGGAAUCUUGUUCUCACUUGAGUGCCUUGUAAAAAUGUAUUUCCAAAUAUAUUCUGUUGUUGACUGAU